UGGAAAGGAGGGAGAGAGGUGAGGAGGAGCAGCACAAAGUAGACGCUGUUCAUUUCAUUUCACAUGGCUUUACAUAUCAACUCUACUAACUUUUAGGAGUCGAUUUUUCCGCUCGUAGACCAGAGGAUUUUUCAGUGGUGUUUAAGUGAUUUUAGUUACUGUAAACUGACAAGAAAAGAAACAAGGGCAAGUUUGCGCCAGAGUACGCGCUUUUGUAGCCUGCAGCCAAGCUGCGUUUAGCAUUGCGCAUUUUGGAUAACCUGUGGCAACAGGUAAUGUCCUGUAAAGGAAGCUCUAACCUGCUCCGGUAAAUGGGAGAGGAAAAGCUUUGAUUCUGGUUUUUCAUAUGAAGAAAGCUUGAUUUCUUCUAGAAGAAAUUCUCAGCGUGCUCUACCUACAGCAGAACAUUUUGCAUCUCGGCACCUGAUAUUGGAGAACACAAGCGAUAAUGUAACAUGUUUCAGCUUCAGUUUACACGAGGAGGCUAAAGAAAACACCUCUUUCUACUUUCUGACCAAUAUUUUUAUUGUAUAGAAAACUAGACUUACAGGGAUAAAGGACCAGGACAUAUUCGGAAGAAACUUCACUUGAGUAUAAGCAAAAGGAAAGCUUUCCAGGAGUGAUGUCUCACAGAAGGUACAGAGCUUCAGAAUUAUGUGAUGGUGUGUGAGUGUUUGCCAUGGGACAGAAGAAUCUCUGGCUUCUGUGUGUCACACUUGCUUCCUUCUUGUAUCUUAUAAAUCCCUUACUGAGUGCUGAAACGGUGGUGAAAGGAAGAGUAGGGGGUACUGUAGAACUGGGCUGCACCCUCACCUCUACAUCGAAUGGGGUCAUGUCUCCGAAUAUAUUCCCUCUGUACGUGGUUGAGUGGGUGCGGCUGGGCUACAAUGUCCCUAUUCUUAUUAAAUUUGGAGACUACACACCACGUGUGCACCCAAAUUAUAAAGGCCGUGUGUCUCUGACACGAGGAGCUUCUCUUGUGGUUGAUGGCUUGACUCUAGAAGAUGAAGGCUGGUUUGAGUGUCGCAUACUUUUGUUGGACAGAACUGCUGAUGAGUUCAGAAAUGGCACAUGGACUUUUCUAUCAAUCACAGCUCCUCCAGUGUUUGUAAAGAUACCCCCUUCCUUUGUGGAGGUCCUUUUGGGGGAGUCACUCACGCUUAGUUGUAGUGCACUUGGCAACCCAAAGCCAACAGUCACCUGGAGAAAAGAGGACAAUACAGUGGAGGAAGAAGAUAAGAUUCAGGUAAUCAAUGGAACAUUAUAUAUGGUUAAAGUUACCAGGGAAACGGCAGGAAUGUACAAGUGUCACGUCUCCAACUCUGAGGGAAACUUGACACACAUUACCCAGCUCCAGGUUAAAGGUCCUCCAGUUAUUGUUAUUCCCCCUAAGGACACCACCAUGAACAUGUCCCAGGAUGUAGUUCUGCAGUGCCAUGCUGAUGCAUACCCUUCUAACCUCACGUAUGAGUGGCAGAAAGAAGGACAAAAUGUCUAUAAUGUUGAAUCGUUGAGGUCUCGGGUAAAAAUCCUGGUUGAUGGUACUCUACUCAUUCCUGAGCUAAUCCCUGAAGACUCAGGAAAUUAUACCUGUAUUCCCUCCAAUGAAUUACUGACUCCACCAUCUGCUUCUGCCUACCUCAAAGUGAACUAUCCUGCACGAGUGCUGCAUAUGCCCAGGGAGACUUACCUCCCUGCUGGCAUGGGUGGAACAAUUGUGUGCCCAGUUCAGUCUGAGCCUCCAAUGCUGUUUGUCAGCUGGACCAAAGAUGGCGCCUCACUGGACCUAAGCCAGUACCCAGGUUGGACGAUAAACUCAGAAGGCUCCCUGUUCAUAGCCACAGUCAAUGAUAAUGCGGUGGGCAUGUAUACCUGCACUGCCUACAACAGUUAUGGGACUAUGGGUCAGUCUAAACCCACCAAAGUCAUUCUGAAGGACCCCCCAUCAUUUCAGGUGUCCCCCAGGGCUGAGUACCUGCAGGAAGUUGGUAGAGAGCUGAUCAUUCCCUGCCAAGCAUAUGGUGAUCCAACACCUAAUAUUACAUGGACAAAGGUUGGAGGUGCGCCUUACUCUCCAUUUUCUGUUUUGUCUAAUGGUUCUCUGGUUCUACAUCCACUCACCAAAAGCCAUCAAGGGGCAUGGGAGUGUUAUGCUACCAACUCUGUGGCAAAAGUCAGUAAAGGCACUGCAGUUCUAGUGUUAGGCACAAGCCCCCAUGCUGUGACUGCUGUAUCUAUAGAUCCAGGCAUCAACAAUGCCAGUGUAUCCUGGGAACCUGGCUUUGAUGGAGGAUACACCCAGAAGUUCAGCAUCUGGGUGAAGCCCACUAAUAGAGGGAAAUAUGAGUGGACCACAAUCUCUGUUCCUUCAUCUGAAUCCAGCCUCCUUGUGACAGGUCUCCAGCCUUCGACCAGUUACCAGUUCAGCAUCUUACCACAAAACAAGCUUGGCUCUGGUCCAUUCAGUGAGAUUUUCACCAUCAUUACACUGGCUCCUCCAACAGAUCCUCCCACUGAAAUAACUGAUUUAGGAGCACGACUUGCUCCCACCUCACUGUCAGUAAAUUACACAGCAGUGGGUGUAUUGCUGCAAUGGCUGCCACCCCCUGCUCAGUCCCAACUGAUCACAGCCUUCAUGCUCCAGGCAAGACAGGAGAAGGGUGAAUGGGUUACGCUUGAUAGUGAAAUCAAUGUCAACACCACAGAAAUACUUGUCCAAGGACUGACAAGGGAUUCCUUCUAUGAGCUACGGCUGCUUUCACAUGGAGCUAGAGUGGUCAGUGGUCCAAGUGAAUCAGUCAAUAUUACUACUAAAGGUAUGGAGAUAUACCCAGCCCCACCCAGCUUGUUGGCUUUUUUUGCUCAGCCCCUGAUGGCCGGAGUGAUUGCAGGCGGGUGCUUCUUAUUCGUGGCUAUCGUUUUUUCAGUGGCGACAGCAUGUAUUAUGAAUCACAAAAGGGAACAUCGCCUUAGAAAGAGACGAGAUGUUCUCUCUACUACCUUACAAAAGACUCGAUCUCCACAAGCUAGCUUGCCUGAUGCCAGUCCCAACAGCAUACUGAAGAUGAAGUUGUGUCCCCCACUUAGCUUUUUUUCCAAUUCCUCUUUUUCUGACCAUUCAGAUCAAUCAUCCUCUGACAAGGGAAGCGAGUGUCAUUAUCAAAAAAAGCAACUAAUCCCCUCAUCAUCCCCGCCACCAUGUUACACUCUAUUUGAGAGCCACCUCGGCAGUUCCCCAGCCUCAGUGUCUGCCAUUGAGUCUAUAUCUAGAGGACCAGAUGGCCGUUUCAUAGCCCAGCCUUAUUUAAAGAAUUCUAUGGAAAUUCAUGUUAAAGUAAAAAAACAAUUCUCUCAGUCCCCUGUACAAGAUUAUGGUGAAGGGAGCAAGAGUAGCUCUUUUCGAGACUCUAACAAAUCCUGUUCCAUCAGGUCAGAGAAGAGAGUGAUACAAGAUGCACCAUCAACAGCUCAGGACAGUCAUAGAAAAUGUCUAACGCUGAUAAAAGAGCAAGAGGAGCUGAAAAGCUUCAUGACUAUCAACAGAGCACAAAAAUGUGAGAAGGAGCAGAGACAGACUAAGUCAGCAAGUCCGGUUAGAAGAUGGGCAGGGGUUAAGAUGGAGGAACCCAUUUCAAAACCUCAGGACAUUCCUCUCAGGCAAAAAGCCCAGAGAACCAACAGCCUGACCCGCAGAGUUUCAGAAAAUCGCAGGGGUUGUUAUUUUGGCAGUACCAGCAGUCCCUUGGACAGGCUACUCACCUCCACCUCCCAAUGCAUUCAAUGGGACAUUAGCCCUGUGACCUCUUCUAGCAGUCAAGUCCCUGUUCUGAGCCUAUCAGAGGGAAAUACAUCUCACUGCAUGCUCACAGACAGACCACAUAGAGGUUUGCACGUUGUAGAAGACUCAGCAGCAGAAGUCUUCUCACAUUCACCGGAUACAGAGUAUACCUCCCUCUCAGUCCUUUCCCACAAAAGGGACAGUCCUUGCUGUGAGUCAGAUAUAAGUAAGACACAGGCUAAAUGCCCAGAGAGACCAACAGAAAAGGGGAAAGAAUAUAACUGGAUGCAGGAAAGAAAAAUAAAGACCCAAGUAAUUGUCCCAAUGUCCACAAGCCGGGUUCCUUUUUCAGCUGAGGCAUUUGAGAGAGCCAAGUACCCUGCUGCUGAAAGUGGAGAUGGAUCCAGCCCAGAUGGACACUUCCCCAAGCUCACUACUAUUUGUUCUACCAUUAACUAUGAUAAUCACAAGAGUGAUAGUGAAAACAUAACUGGAGAUAAUCCCAGCUCCUUAUCUUUGCAGCCUGAAGAAGAGAAGGAGGGUAUCAGGGCACGUUCUCGCAAGAGUGACAAGUGUGUCUUUAGUAUUAGCCCCAAUCACGUUUCUCCUCUGCCCCUUUUUGAAAAUGAAGAUGAAAGUGAUCAGUCUAAUUCCUCGAUUAGAUUAUCUGAAUUACUGAAAGCCCCAACUGUGCCCCAACCUGAAAGGAUGUCUCCUCUGCAACCAAGCACUAUUCUGGAGUAUUUGAGCCUUCCAGGCUUUGUAGAGAUGAGCGUAGAUGAACCUAUUGAGGAGUGUCAAAUGUCAGAAUCUACUUCUCUCACCACUAAGCAAGCAGAUGGGACUCUCUUAAGAACUAAUCCUGAUGUGGUUCCUAAAAACUGGGAGAAUCAAGAUGAUUACCACUUAGAAGAGAGUAAUGAUCAUCAAAGCAGACUUUUGGUGGAUCUCAAAACACCCAUCAUUCCUGUAGGUUCUAUUCCUGAAAAUGUAACUAGUACUAUACCCUGCCUAGAACUGGCUAAAGAAAAUACAAGUAUAAACCCAGGGUCUUCAAAGAUCAAAUGUCUUUCAACACAGUACACAGCUUAUGAUGGAAGAUGUCCCCAGCCAUUUGUCUCUCACAAAAGCCUUGGUUCUGAUAAACCCACACAGUUGAGCCAAGCACAGCCUCCAGUGAGUGCCAAAGCAAUCUAUAAUAUACGUUAUCAAGGUGAAAGUAGGGAAGAAUCUUUAUCAGAGCACACUCAGUGGUGUCAACAUCAGAAUAAGCGGACUAACCAAGUAAGUGCACGGAUCUCUCAGGCUCCUGUGCCUUUUAUGAAGAAAUCAGUCAGCAUUGGUCCAUGUAGGAAUUUCUCAGAUGUAGGGAAGCCUUGUACAUACCUUAGGAAAUCUGUUAGUUUAGGGUCUCAGAAGUGGGACCAUCGUCAAAGCUCCAGGACAUAUGUCUCUGAUAACUGUUACAGAGGUGAGCUAUCCCAUCUUAGUGCUAAAGAUAAGUCUUACAAUUUGGGUUGCACGCCUGCAAAUUCUUAUUUGAGGUCUGGUCCCUCAUGGCAGGUGACAGAGCAUGGCAAAACUUACAGCAGCUAUGGCCUGGAGAGACCUUGCUACAGCGAGAAGCCAUACAUGACCCCUAAAUCGCUCAUGCAUGCACAUGGCCCAUCAGUCCUAGAUCCAGCAAAACUUGUAGAACCUUAUAGACCAGAGUCAGAUCCACGUCGACAAGCCACAGUCUUUCCAGAAUCUUUAAUGUGCCCAAAGACAUAUCAAGAGACCCUCAGGUUAGUCCAGCAUAGGUAUGUCCCCCAUUGUCCCCCUAGACCCCUUAGUGCACCUAGAUUAUUUGCAAGGUGGGACCAUCCUUGUCUUGUGGACUCCAGAAAGAGUUUUCAGAGGUCAUUCUUGCCCAGGGGUUACAGCUGGCCUUCACCCCACCAAGCAGCUUUUCCUGCAUAUAAGAUGCAGAGAGAACUGUAUGGGGUGGUGAAUAUGGGUGAGGGCAAGGACAGUGCAGGAGAUGGUGGUCGAGCCAGUUAUGCCAGCCAGAGUAGUGGUAGGGGGAGUGUAGGACCAUCUGGGCACCUUCGCCAGUCCCUUUCCAUCACCCCUACAUUAUUGAGCUCGCCUGAUACUACAGAGGAGUGUGAGAGGCACAAGAGAGAAUCAGACCUGCGAGAAACAAGGGCAAAAAGUAGGAAUACAUCAGUAGAUGAGUGUUAUGAGUUUGAUGCUACUGAAUGCCGGAUAGGCCUUGACCUCUUGGAGGCCAUGAAGAUGAAGCAGGAAGGCAUGAGGCAGGGGAGGGAGCUGAGAUGUGAUAGGCCAAUUACCAGCACUGGCCUCCGGGUCCUGGAGGAGAAAGGAUCAAACUCCUUCGUUAGUUUUCCUUCAGCCUCCCAGCCUCAGCAACAUUACAGUCGUUCACUUAGUGAGGCACGUUUCAAUGCCCUGAUGCAAGAGUUCCAAGAAUACCGCAGUGCCAAGGAAUCCACCUCCCAAGACCCCUCCCCCAUCCCUGACCUCAACCAUGAUACAGAGUUUGCCCUGCUUUAAGAGACCUACCUUUUAAAUCUGAACACCAGUCUGUGAUUAUACAUGUGCCUAUUAUGAAGCUAAUACUUUAGAGAUGAGAAAUGAGUUUCUAAUGAUGCUAAUGAAUGCCAAAACGUCCAAUGCCAAUGUCAGUAUUUAUGUUUUAAAUGUAAUGCGAUUUGGCUUAUCUGUGAAUAGUUCUGUUGACCAUGAUUUUAGGAAUAACCAUUACCCAAAAAUGAACAUAACUUAAACAUUUAUCCUAUACCACCCCAGGGAUUUUUUAAUGAGAGGCACUAUAUGUACAUCAGUGUUUUCCAAAAGACCUAUCUAAUAAGAUUCAUAAGAAUUUAAAAAAGUUGUAAAGUGUUCUGCUCAGGUGUUUUAUUCUUUUUGUAAUAUCAGGUGCUUGAUAUUCAGAAGCCUAUUUUGAAUUAACUUUGUUUUUGAAAUAUACCAAGUUUGGAAUUCUUAGUGACUGUACAGAUUAAGAACCAAAACCAUUUAUAUAAUUUUUUCAUGCAUUUCUUACUGUGAAAAUCACUACAGAGACUUGUGUGUAUAGACCUUGUUUGUAAGGAGGUAUGUGAUAAAACUUUCAUCAUACCCAUAAAAACUGUAUCACUGUAUAUGCUUGGACAAUCUGUUUCCCCUGCCUAAAAAUGGAAUUUCCUCCAUUGCUCUGAAUGUCAGGAAUUGUAUGUAGAAUUACUCUCAAUUUUACUAUUUUGCAUCAACUAUGUUUUUGUUCAAUUCUCUUUAUUCUGUACAAAGCUAUAUUUGAAUUUGCUUGAAAUUAAUAUAUGCAACUUUUUGGUACAUUAUUACAUCAGUAAAUAUGUUACCUAAUAAGCAUGAGUCAUCGUUGACCAUACGCCUUUACAACUGAAACCUUUGAAAGGCUUUUUGGAGUAAAGGCUCUUGUAUGUUGUGUAAUAUCUGCACCAGUUCAUGAAUACUAUAUAUAUCUUUGCUUAAAUUGUUUAUGAAACCAACAGAAUAUUGAAUCAUAUUACCAAAAGUAAUAUUUUUAAUAUUACAAAACUGAAGCUGUAAAAUUUAUUUAGCAUUUCCUGUCUUUACAUGCUUUCUAAUAACACAAUGGUUUCUGUUAUGUGCAGCUCCUGAUUGGGUAUUUAAUCCUGCAUAUUGUAACAGAAUAUGUGCAGUGCUAUAGAAUUAAAGCAUAUAUAUAU